CGUAUUCGCGUUCUUUGCUGGUCAACCCUUUCUCGUUCUCUCCCUCUUUCUCUUUCUUCCUAGGCUGGCCCUUGUUUUGCUUGAUUUUCUCGACGUUCUUUCUUCGUGUCCAGUCUCUACUCAAGUCUCUUCUUCUGCCUGCCUUCGGCCUCACGCCCAGACUUCACGAUGCUCUCUCCAUCCGUCUUGAUCCAGAUCCUUGUGCUCCUUGCACCUGCCGUUGUCUCUGUCCCUCUCUCUGAUCGCUCCUCUGGCAACUCUGCAUCAACAACAGCCGUAUCGAACGCUACGAUCGAUGAUGAUUUCGUUCGACCCGCUCAAUUCUCGAGAAUCGCAUACUGCUCAAGCGCGGCGGUAGAGGCGUGGAAUUGUGGGGCGCCGUGUCAAGCAUUGGGGAUGAAUGGAGUUACGCCAUUGGUCGUAGGUGGUGAUGGUGGUCAGACACCUCGAUUCUUCGUUUCACAUGACAACAAAACGCAAAGCAUCGUCGUAGCCCAUCAAGGCACAGACUCUUCCAACGUAUUGUCGAUCAUAAACGACGCAGAAUUUCUUGAUGUCGGGAUCAAUACCACGCUAUUCCCCAAUGCUGGAUCGAACGUCUCCGUCCACGAUGGCUUCGGCAAAGCCCAAGCCCGAACCGCCCAAACAAUCCUCUCAACCGUCCAAUCCGGCCUCUCGACCUACAACGUCUCCAAAGUCCUAAUCACCGGCCACUCCCUCGGUGCGGCCAUCGCGACGAUGGACGCCGUGAUGUUGAGGAUGCAGUUGCCUACUUCUGUGGAGAUGAAUACAGUUGUGUUUGGAGCACCGAGGGGAGGGAAUGAGGCGUGGGCGGAUUUGGUCGAUGCUACGCUCGGCGGUAACUUCACCUACAUCACCCACAAAGACGACCCCGUCCCGCUCGUUCCGCCCCAAUUCCUAGGCUACGUCCAUCCCUCGGGUGAAGUCCAUAUCGUAGCCACGGACGACGCAAGCGGAAACGCGACACAGACUAUUUCAUGUCCGGGUAGGGAGAACGAGAACUGUAGCGAUGGUAACAGUUUGUUGGCGAGCAGUGUCUCUGAUCAUCUAGGACCGUACUUCGCGAAUGUUUCGAUGAGCGGGUCGUCCUGCCCUCUCUAGAUGCACACUGUGCCACCAUCAUCGACCCUCCGUAGACGAACUUACGAUACCACGUAUACGACUUCAUCUCAUUCUCUCCCUACCCUAUAUCCGACUGUGAGCGGGUUGUGGACGAUCGGACUUGAAUUGGACUUUGAAGCACUGGAACGGACAGCUCGCUGUCCGGUCGCAUGUAUUUAUUCUUUCUCAUCUAUAUUUUUUAUACCAGGGGGCCUCGAUACCAACCGCUGAGUAUCCCCGUUCGUCCGCAAUUAGAACGGAGGACAUUGAUUAUGGGCUGGACAAAGGUCUCUUGAAUCCUAAAAACAUGCCGAGGGUUCGAGGAUGGGGAUUUGUGUGGCGUCGUGUGUCAAUGUGAGAGGUGCACGACGCGUUGCUAAGUUUAUACGUCCG